AUGACCCUCUCAUCCCUUCUCCGCAUUACUCCCCGCUUAGCCCCAGCGGCCCGCAGAACACGAGCUGCAUCAACCGUCAAUGCAGCAACAGUCAAGCCUUUACACUCCAUACUAAUUGCCAAUCGAGGCGAGAUUGCUUUGCGAGUUGGACGCACGGCUGCGGAUCGCGGGAUCCGCGUGACAACACUCUACACUGAUCCCGAUAGCCGAGCUCAACAUGCUUUGAGCUCGCCGUUUGCUUUUAACUUGGGGUCCAUCUCAGCGUAUCUGGACGGUGAUAGGAUCAUUGAAAUCGCAAAGAAAGAAGGGUGUCAGGCGAUACACCCGGGGUAUGGGUUUUUGAGUGAAAAUUCCGCGUUCGCACGAAAAUGUACCGAGGCAGGACUUGUCUUCAUCGGCCCACCAUAUACGGCCAUUGAGGACAUGGGAGAUAAGAGCCGCUCAAAGGAGAUCAUGACAGCCGCCGGUGUUCCCUGUGUCCCUGGCUACCAUGGAGCAAACCAAGACCCCAUGUUCUUGGAGGAGCAGGCUGAUCAAAUCGAAUACCCGGUGCUAAUUAAAGCCGUCAAGGGAGGUGGUGGCAAGGGUAUGCGCAUUGCAAGCUCUAAGUCUGAGUUCCAAGCGCAGCUUCAGUCGGCCAAGUCGGAGGCCAUGAGUUCAUUUGGUGAUCAAAAUGUCCUGGUGGAGAAGUAUAUCACUACGCCACGACAUAUCGAGGUCCAGGUAUUUGCAGAUAAGCAUGGAAACUCUGUCGCUCUCGGGGAGCGAGACUGCAGUAUUCAAAGACGACACCAAAAGGUUUUGGAGGAGUCUCCGGCGCCCCAUCUUCCCGAUGCAACCAGAAAAGAUCUCUGGGACAAAGCUCGGGCAGCUGCAUUGGCUGUUGGCUACGAAGGCGCUGGAACAGUCGAGUUUAUCUUUGACAAUGACUCUGGCAAAUUUUACUUCAUGGAAAUGAAUACCCGUUUACAGGUUGAGCACCCUGUGACCGAGAUGGUCACCGGCCAGGAUCUCGUUCAUUGGCAGAUCCUGGUGGCUGAAGGAGCCAAGCUCCCUCUUACGCAGGAGGAAGUGGAAGAGCGCAUUGCUCAGAGCGGCCAUGGCAUCGAAGCCCGUAUCUACGCGGAGAACCCAGAGCAGGGAUUCAUUCCUGACUCGGGUCGCCUACUUCAUGUUCGCACACCGGCUACUUCGGAAGACAUCCGCAUUGAUGCCGGUUUUGUGGAAGGAGAUGAUGUCUCGGCACACUACGACCCCAUGAUCUCGAAGUUGAUUGUUCGCGGCUCAAAUCGAGAGGAGGCUCUCCGCAAGCUGGCAGCUGCUUUGGAAGAGUACGAGGUUGCAGGACCAGUGACCAAUAUUGAGUUUGUCAAAUCAAUUUGCAAGAGCCCGGACUUCAUCGCGGGCGAGGUGGAGACAGGCUACAUUGAGAAGCAUCGCGAAGAGCUGUUCGCGAAGAAGGUCAUCGAUGACGAAGUUCUUGCGCAGGUCGCAUUGGCGUGUUUACAGCGCGACACCAUCUCUGGUGCCCACUCCGCGGGCGUCGCGGGUUCGACAAUCGGUUUCACGCCCAGCUAUCAAGAGCGACAGCUCACUUUUACCGAGUCCACAGCCCCAGGCUCACCCGAAGGGUCCACAUUUAAUGUACGAGUACAACAAACAGCCGACGACACUUUUAACGUGGAAGUUGGCGGGCGUGUGUUCGAGCAAGUCGUAAGCAAGCUUGAUCUGACAUCUCACAUCGUCACCUCGUUCUUCCCACACACCCGACUGGACACGACAGUGAUUCGGGAUGAGGACACCGUCAUCGCUUUCCAGCGCGGAACCCAGUACCGACUCACACUUCCCCGAGCCAAGUGGAUGGAGAAGGCGCUUGGCCUGAAAGAUGUGACGAACAGUGUUCUGGCCCCGAUGCCAUGCAAGGUUCUGCGAGUGGAGGUGCAGGCAGGUGACGUUGUGGAAAAGGAUCAGCCACUGGUUGUGAUCGAGAGUAUGAAAAUGGAAACAGUGAUUCGGAGUCCGCAACGCGGCACUAUUGCGCGGGUUGUACAUCGUCAAGGAGUAAGUCACGCGCACCUUUACCCCUGGCCCCGAGAAUUCCACAUCCCGCGACGCUGUUUGUUUUGGGGUGUUUGCUCCGUAUUCCCUCUGUAUUAUGGUUGUUUUGGUGUUUUGAUAUUGUUUCGGACACGUCUGGUCUUUGGGAUACGCUUACCGAUUGAGUUCUCCGUGGCUAACGUACCUUGCAGGAUCAAUGCAAAAGCGGGACACCGCUGGUGGAAUUCGCCGAGUCCGAACAGUCUGAAUAGUCAGUGCACAUUGCGUCUAGGGUGGUUGAUAGAAAUAAUGCAAAAAAAGAUCAAUCCCAGCAUGUCUGCAAUGUACGAGUAA